UCUCUCUCUCUCUCUCUCUUUCAGUGGUUUCUUUGAUUUGCCUGGUUGUCUGCGCACCUGUCGUCACCCCUGCGGAUCCCCUUUUUUGUUAUUUUAAGAUUUCUGUAUGCCAAUGGUCUCUAUUUUGCAAGAAUUUGGGUAUUUUUCAUUUGUGCAGAGGAAGACUAAAAAAAGGGUGGAAAAGGCUGGCGUAGAAAGAGUCGCGCAGAAGCAGAGAAUUAAAGGCGGGCAAGGCACUCUGGAAAAAAGGGUCAGGAAUCUGCUCCUGCUUCCUUUGUACGUUUAGAGAACAAGAGUGUCGAGGACGAUCUCUAUUUCAGAAGGAGAUCAAGGAUGCGUAGGUGGUUGUGUUUCACUUGUAACAUAGAGGAGUCCUCCUCAUUCGAUGAACAUGAGCGCCGCAAAAGCACUGGGAAUUAUGCUGAUGGACAUCAGAGAGCCGCUAAGGCAUCGGCUCCAGUGAAGCCUGAAGUGCAGAAAUCUGUGCCACCUAUUGAGGUACCUUCUCUAUCGAUCGAGGAACUGAAAGAGAAAACUGACAAUUUCGGAUCAAAAGCUUUAAUUGGUGAAGGAUCUUAUGGAAGAGUAUAUUUUGCACAACUGGAUAGCGGGAAGGAGGUUGCCCUCAAGAAGCUCGAUGUGUCAUCUGAGCCUGAUUCAAAUGUUGAGUUUUUGACUCAGGUUUCUAUGGUGUCUCGGUUGAAGCAAGAAAACCUUGUUGAAUUGCUUGGUUACUGUGUAGAUGGCAACCUCCGUGUCUUAGCCUAUGAAUUUGCAACCAUGGGUUCACUGCAUGAUAUUUUACAUGGAAGGAAAGGAGUGCAAGGGGCACAACCUGGUCCAGUUCUUGACUGGCUGCAAAGAGUUAGAAUUGCGGUUGAUGCUGCAAGAGGCCUGGAAUAUUUGCACGAGAAGGUUCGGCCAUCGAUAAUACAUAGAGAUAUCAGAUCCAGUAAUGUACUUCUCUUUGAAGACUACAAAGCCAAGAUUGCAGAUUUUAACCUUUCAAAUCAAGCUCCUGACAUGGCUGCUCGGCUUCAUUCUACUAGAGUUCUGGGUACAUUUGGUUAUCAUGCACCAGAAUACGCAAUGACAGGACAAUUGACGCAGAAGAGUGAUGUCUACAGUUUUGGGGUUGUUCUGCUUGAGCUUUUAACAGGAAGGAAACCUGUUGAUCAUACCAUGCCGCGUGGACAACAGAGUCUUGUAACUUGGGCCACUCCAAGAUUAAGUGAGGACAAAGUCAAACAAUGUGUUGAUCCCAAACUUAAGGGAGAGUACCCUCCAAAAGGGGUUGCCAAGCUUGCUGCUGUUGCUGCACUGUGUGUGCAGUACGAAGCUGAGUUCCGUCCCAAUAUGAGCAUUGUGGUGAAGGCUCUCCAGCCUCUCCUAAGGUCGGCUGUCCCUGCUCCAGAGAGCUAGCUAUAGCUAGCAUCAGUAAGUAAGAGCUGCCUGCGAUGGUUGUUUCUGCGAGUUUUUGCGGAGCAUGCACAUAUUUUUGCAUGGGCAUCUAUAAUUAUUAUAUGCAUCAAUCAAUCGCUUUCAUUCCUUUCUAUUGGAAAUUAGACAUCUUGUUGGAAAAAUAUGAAUAGUGAUGCAUGGGCUGUGGGCUUGAUUUUAGAUUCCUAUAUAUCCUCUAUCUAUCUAUAUUAUAUGUUGCUCUCUCUCUCUCUCUCUCUCUAAGGAGCAAAAGAAUGUUACUGUGGAUUCUUGAAAAUCAUGGAGACAUUGGGUUUAUUAUAAUUUUUUUUUUAUUUUUUAUUUUUUACUUUUUAUUUUUUACUUUUUAUUUUAUUGGUGCUAAUGUGUGCUGAUAAGUACAUACAUAUAUAUAUAUAUAUAUAUGUGUGUAUGGAUAUGGUUGGGUUUGGGAGUGAAAUACACAUUUUGUUUGUAUGUAUUAUUUCUGUGUGGAUUUCGUCAUAUUCAUAUGAAAUGUUCAGAUAUUACUACAUUCAUCGUUAAUCUUUGAGAAUGAGGUGUGUUCCUUU